AGGAGGACAGAGGCGGACAGUCGAAUAGAGACCGGCGAGGCAGAUAUUUCCCGCUCCGCGAAGGGGGGCAGAGAGGGCACCCCGGAGAACUGAAUAUGUCCGCCAAGCGAAAGGCCACUGCCAUCAUGCAGCACCACAAGGAGAACAUCUCGACCCCGGAGCCCACCGACAUAUCCGAGGACGAUCACUACCCAAGUACGCUCAUGAAAGAUCCGGAUAAGCUGAAGCUGAUGUUGCUCGCGUGGAAUUAUAAUCUCCAGGCACAGGCGCAGGCACAGGUCCAGGCUGCCAACGCGGCUCUCUCGCCAAAUAAUUCGUCGACUACCACGGCUACCACUAUUGGGACAACAAUCACCAGCCAAUCAGCCAUUUCCACGGCGAACAACACUAUUAACAACUCCACACUCACAGAUUCUCGAAACGGUUCAUCAGAAUUGGUGGACAUGCCAACGGGAACUGUUCCGAAUCUAAGCGCUGUGGCGGGUGUCGGUGGCGAAGACAUGGCUUCCUUGUGGGCAUCUUAUGCUAUGGGUUUCAAGAAAACGCCGCCACCAGCAUCGGCGGCAACGCCCUCGCGGACGGAUCGCGAUCGAGAGUCCAGUCCGCCCGGUGGCGAGGGGACGGGAAGCGCCCACGAUGAAACCAGCAGUAGUGGCAAUAAGGAAGACGAGGACGACGAUGAUAUAGACGCGGACGAGGGACUGGAUCCGAGACACCACGAUCCAGAACGUCUCAAGGCAUUCAAUAUGUUCGUGAGACUCUUCGUCGACGAGAACCUGGAUCGCAUCGUGCCGAUCUCGAAGCAGCCGAAGGAGAAGAUACAGGCGAUCAUCGAUAGCUGCACGAGACAGUUUCCCGAGUUUGCUGAAAGGGCCAGGAAGAGGAUCCGUACGUACCUGAAGAGCUGUCGGAGAAACAAACGUGGCAGGGAGGGCCCUUGGGAUGCCGCCAGACCCACGCCGGCACACUUGACCUCCGUGCAGGCCGAGCAGAUUCUGGCAACGGCCUGCGAGAACGAGAGCGACAACGCGAAACGUAUGAGACUUGGAAUGGAGCCGGUGUCGCAGCCCAUGCCAACUCUUCCGGCCGCAACGCAAACGGACGUUCGAUCAAGUUUGGAACAUUUCUCGAGCACACCGGUUAAAUCACUUCCGUGUAAGAGGGAAGAUACCCCUCCGGCAUCAUUAUCGUCCCUGCCAUUGACCAGUUUGGCGAACUUACCGAACAACACCAUCUCCACGCCGCUGGCGAUCGCAUCCGCGUCAAAGCUGCUCACAACAGACAACAAGAGUCUCUUGAGCCAAUCGACGAUAGUCAGUUCCACGGUAAAUGGUGUCGCCAGUGGCGGUGCACCGACGAUGUACAGACCCAACUUCAGUCAAGCGUUCCAGCGUGCCGGGCCCACAACGGUACCGCCGACCCUCUCAGCCGGGCUAUAUCCAACUCAAAGUUUUACGUCAAGUCUACUAAGCAACGGACCGACGGAUCUUAGCAUGAAGAACCCACCAAAGCCUGCUCUACUGAGUCAUAAACUGAACUCGAUGGAACUGACCGCGGUGAAGCAACUGAUAGGUGGAUAUCGGGAAUCAGCUGCCUUUCUGCUCAGAUCUGCCGACGAACUGGAACAACUGUUGCUCCAUCAACCAUAGAACUACGUUUAUUUGGCCAGCGUUCGGCAGCUUGGCUCGUAGUUACAACGAUCGACAGGAAAGCGAUGCGAGUAUUGAUGUGCACACAGCGUCUGUAUGAGCACCGAGAGUAACGCAGUCAGCGUAGAUUCGUUUCUUCAAGACCGUUUAUACCGCUAUUCUAUCGGCAAUUCUGACUCUACACACGAACUUAUCUUUUGCCACAAAAUGGUCCAUUUGGGCGAACUAAACGCAUUCGAUCCAAUAAGACUAGGGUGCAAGAUUAUAAUUUGUAUUUAAAUGAUUUAAAUGUCGAAACUCAAGAGUAUAAUAAUUUGAGAAUAAUUUAAGAAAUUAGUCGGAGUUACUUUUAUGAUUGUAUGUAAGAAAAUUGUUUUCGACGAAAGUCGAGAGGCUAUAAUCGCGACGAAAAAUUCAUACUGAAGAGUUUUUAUGCGAAUUUAUCGUUAUAUUGACUGCGUUCGGGGAGCGCGCUAUCAGUAUUAUUUGUCAUAUUAUCUUUGUUUCACAUCUAAUAGAUGAUGAACAUAGAAUGACACAAAUAGCGCUAAUAGCGUCUCCCUGAAUGCAGCCAUUUGAUUGAAAGCGCCAAAAACAGAAGAGUUCCAUAUACAUAAUGAAUAAUUGCAUAUUUCAUUAUAUGCGUCGUCGCGAUAUUUUUAAUUCUAGGAUUAAGAAAACUAUUCGAACACAGGGUGUACAUAAAAAGAUAUUUACUUAAUUACUCAUAAGCUUAAAGAAUGAUGUGGCGAGCUAGGAUGUGUGCGCGAGUGUAAGGAAGAAAGUUGAAAAAAGAAGAAGCUUCCGGACAAGUCAUUUGGAAGCGUGUGCUAGUAUUUUCUAACGGGGAUGAAAAAGUCCCGGAACUUCUUCUUUACGGCCGGGAGACGCACUUGCAUUUUUUCCUACUCAGAUUCGUAAGCUUCGAAAAACCGUUCGUGAGAGCUUCACAAAUCUAUUGCAAGUAUCUACUUCAACCGUUUCGAUGAUGGUCGAAAAAAAAGCUGUUGUAUGUUCUUACGAGACGGUAAUUUCGCUAAUCUGUUUGUUGUCGUUAUGUACAUAUGACGUAAAUGAUAUAUGAUGAGAAUAGUUACUCUCAUGCGUGAGAAAGCGCGAUUAAUUUGUAACUAAACGCGGUGGAAUCGCUCCAUUUACUUCGAGAGUGGCGUACAUCUGAAGAAUCAGUUCAAGAUACGAAAACAACGUGAUAAAAUUUGAAUUUUAGAGAGAUUAUCAAAAUUAUUGAUUUUUUGCCAUUUUUGAAGCAAAUGGUGGAUUAGAUGAAGAUUUUACGACAGUCAUACGUGUAUAUAGAAAGAUAAUGCAUUCGCGCGCAUUGAUACGCGUGUAUAUAAUACGUAGGUCGUAAAACAAGAUUUUUUUAUUGGCGAUGCGUCAGAGGCCUCGUCAGUGGAAAUUAAUUAGCUAAUCAAUUAACAAUAACUGUACAACGUCGUCGUAAUA